UACCAGGCAGCAAGCUAACAACAUCCACCAUUAGCUUUCGCGAGCUGGAUAUUAACGUUAUAGCAGCGAGUACCGGUUGAAAAGCGGAAAAUCGGACGGACAAACAGUCGCUUUUCCUAGAGAAACGUUAUAUGCGUGUGACGCGUUGUUGGUUGAGUUGACCUAACUGUCAGGAUAGUUGUUUCGUGGCUCUGACAUACUGUAAUACCGGUGGUCGAUAUGUCGGCGGUCCAGCGGAUGAAAGUGGCUAACGAGAAACACAGCAAGACCAUAACACAACGAGGACACGUCCAGAAGACCAUGCGUGUGGUAAAUGAGGAGAAGUCUCCUGUAGGACCCUGGCUGCUGGCUCUAUUUGUCUUUGUGGUGUGUGGAUCAGCUAUCUUUCAGAUCAUCCAGAGUAUUAGACAGGGGUUGUGAUGACCGAAGCCCAGCACUGAGCCUCAUCUGGGGGGAACACACCAACAGCCUCACCCCUUCCCUGCUCCAGAGACCCACGGCCAGCGUUGUCUUCCCCUCGUCCUCCCUCUGUGGAACAGCAGCUCGUUCUACACAUUGUGAACUACAUUACACCAUUAAUCCAUCAAUCUCUCUCCAACAAUCCAUCUCUUUCUUUCUAUCCCUCCAUCUUGGUCCAUAAAGUGAGGGGAAAAAAUUAUUUGAUCCCCUGCUGA